GGUAGGAAAAAAUUAUUUCUUCCGAAGCAGGCAGGAGAAAAGGGUUUAAUUUGAUGAAAAAUCAUCAUAAUUAGGCCUAACGCCAUGAGAUACAGCGACCAAGAACUUCUUACUCUUGCUUGUUCACCACCAGACGUCGAAGGGAGGCUCUGGUACAGACAACAACGGCGUCGUCGAGAAAGUUACAGGGAAAGAUUGUUCCGACUGAAGUCAAACUUCCUCUUCUACUUCAGAAUUCAUGAAACAAGCAGAACACUUGAUCCACUUGGAGCUUUGCUGUUAGAACGAUGUACUAUAAGAGAGGAGCCUAUGGACCAUGGCCGCUAUGUCUUCUCAUUAGAGUACCAGGAGGAGAGAGAUCACAAACAUUACUUCGCCGUUUCAUCAUCAGGCGAAUACAGAAGAUGGAUCGAUGCCAUCAAAACAUCAAGUUAUGAGAGGCUGAAAUCAACAUUCUUGCUCCUUCAAAGAGAAAUAGUUAGAGUAAAGGAUGUGAAAAAGCAUAAGGAUGCUUCUCCAAAGCCAGUCAGACGUGCCCCACCCCGACCAUCCCAUCCUCCUGCUGGUAGAUCACAUGUUAAACUAACCAAGGAAACAACAGAAAUACCCCAAGUGAAGAAAGAAAUGGAAGUUGGAGGGGCCCUAGUGGAUAUUACUUGACA